CGAAGAAAUACAAUUCUUCACUAAAGGAUGAAUUAUAAAACACUGAGCGCAAGCCUCUUAAUUUUUAUAACGUUAGGUUUGCAGCACUGCUCAUCACGACCAUGUCUUGAUCCUUUGACCCCUUCGCUCUAUGCAUCUUCAUUCUUGGCUUCCUCCAGAUAUAACAUUUUGUACACUGCCAACUUUGCUAGAUUGUAUGGGAGUAGUGGGUGGUCCCCAUCACCUUCAGACAAGGAGCCCUGGCUCCAGAUUGACCUGCACAGGAAGUACCGUAUUGUUGCCAUCGCCACCCAGGGGACCUUUAACUCCUAUGAUUGGGUCACUAAGUAUACCUUGCUCUAUGGGGACCGACCUGACUCCUGGACCCCUUAUAUUCAAAGAGGAGGGAACUCGACACUGUCAGGGAACUGGAACUAUUACCAAGUGAAGAGGCACAAUUUCCACUACGCCUUCACUGCCAAACACCUGCGUUUGCUUCCCUUGGGCUGGAACACCAAAUGGGGAGGAAAAAUUGGAAUUCGACUGGAGAUCUAUGGCUGUCCCUAUGACUCCUACGUCAUGUCGUACUAUGGAGACGACAUGUUGGCCUACAAAUUUCCACGAAAGAAGUCUCGCACGCUAAAGGACCACAUCGCUAUAAACUUCAAGACUCUUGAAAGGGACGGGUUGCUGCUGCACAGCGAGGGCACCCAGGGAGAUCUACUUACCUUGGAGCUGAAGAACGCCCGUCUGUACUUGCACAUCAGCCUGGGGAGUAGCCCUGUCCACCAGGUAGAUGGCCUGACCACAGUGACUGUGGGCAACCUCCUGGAUGACCAACACUGGCACUAUGUCACCAUCAAGCGUCUUGGACGGCAGGUCAACCUGACAGUGGACAGUCAUACAGAGAGAGUCAUCUGCAAUGGGGAAUUCACCUACUUGGACCUGGAUAACCAGGUAUACGUGGGUGGAGUGAUUGAACCUAACAUGCCCCACCUUCCUGGCAAGAGCAACUUCCGCGGCUGCCUGGAGAAUGUCUUCUACAAUGGGGUCAACAUCAUUGGAAUGGCACAGUGGGAGGAUCCAGAGAUCCGUAUUCCUCCUCGGCAGAGAUCCAUACGCUAUGCCUGCACGGACCUUAUACUGAAGCCCUUCACCUUUGCUGGGCCCAACAACUACCUGCAGUUGCCAGGGCUCAACCGUAAAUCGCGCAUGGCAGUGAAGUUCAAAUUCCGCUCCUGGGACUACACAGGCCUGCUGAUGUUUACCCGGUUUGCCGAUGACUUGGGCACCCUGGAGCUUGGGCUGAGUGAAGGCCAGGUCAAUAUCACCCUCAUCCAACCUGGCAAGAAGAAGCUGCAGUUUGGUGCUGGUUACCGUUUGUACGAUGGCUUCUGGCACACGGUAGAAGUACUGGCCAGGGACAACUUUGUGACGGUGAUCAUCGAUGAAGAUGAGGGCUCUCCUCUCAAAAUCACGAACCCUUUCACGGUGCGCACUGGUGACCAAUACGUCUUUGGAGGGUGUCCUAAGUUUAACAACACUGCCAGGUGUGAGACAAAGCUGAAUGCCUUCCAUGGCUGCAUGCAGCAGAUCUUCAUAGAUAACGAGCCAGUGGACAUCGACAACGUAUUGCAGUGGCGCUGGGGAAGCUACUCAGAGCUAAUGCUGGGCACAUGUGGCAUCACUGACAGGUGCCUCCCAAACCCAUGUGAGCAUGAAGGCAGAUGCAUUCAGUCCUGGGAUGACUUCUUGUGCUUAUGUGAAAAUACUGGCUACAAAGGAGAGGUGUGUCAUAUGUCGGUUUACAAAGAGUCUUGUGAGGCCUACCGACUCAAUGGAAAAUACUAUUCUGGCAACUACACCAUUGACCCUGACUUGAGCGGCCCUUUGAAACCCUUUAGUGUUUACUGCAAAAUGAAAGCCGAUAAAGCCUGGACAGUGAUCAGGCACAAUCGCAUCGACAACACCAGGGUGACAGGCUCCACGAUAGAUCGGCCCUACCUGGGAGAGGUGCAAUACCACAAUGCUUCCUGGGCUGAGGUCACUGCCCUGGCAAACACAUCUGCAUACUGUGAACAGUGGAUUGUGUUUAACUGCUACAAGUCCCGCCUCCUCAAUACACCCGGAGGACGACCAUUCAGUUACUGGAUUGGUCGCAAUAAUGAGAGCCACAUGUACUGGGGAGGAGCAUUCAUGCAGAGCCAGAAGUGUGGCUGUGCCAUUAACCGGACCUGUACAGACUCCCGGUUUUACUGCAACUGUGAUGCAGACUACCGGUUAUGGUCUUCAGAUGCUGGCUGGCUGAACUACAAGGAUCACUUGCCUGUUCUGUGGGUUGCUGUAGGGGACACUAACCGGACUGGGUCAGUCGCUCAAUUUAAUAUCGGACCUCUUCGCUGCCAUGGUGACCAAAACACCUGGAACGCAAUAUCUUUCACCAAACCAACCUACAUAAAGUUCCCUCCUUUCAAGCCUGGCACAAGUGCUGAUAUCAGCUUCCACUUCAGAACCACUGCCCCCCGUGGUGUAUUCCUGGAAAAUUCAGACUUCCGCCAUCGUAAUUUCAUCAGGGUAGAACUCAACACCACAACCGACCUUGUCUUCAUCUUCAUGGUUGGAGAUGGCAUCAUCAACGUGACGUUACGCUCACCAUGGCCCCUCAAUGAUGACGAGUGGCACUUUGUCCAGGCUGAACUCAAUGUGAAGGGAGCUCGCCUUAAGGUUGACUACCAGCCCUGGGCCAUACGCCGGUUUCCUGGGCAGACCUCUGUUUCCAUGGUUUUCACAGAGCCCCUCCUUGUAGGUGCUGCUUGGUUCAAACUGAGGGCAUACCUGGGCUGCCUCAGGGGACUGCGAAUGAAUGGGGUGCCCCUGGAUCUAGAGGGGAAAGUGAAUGAGACAGAGGGGAUACGGCUGAACUGCACAGGCCAGUGUCUGAACACCACUUUGCCGUGCCGAAACGGUGGCCGCUGCAUGGAGGGCUUUGCCUCCUACUUCUGUGACUGCAACAACACAGCCUUCGAUGGCUAUUACUGCCACAAAGAUAUUGGAGCCUACUUUGAGGCAGGGUCAUGGCUGCGGUACAACAUCCGGACAGAGGCCAUCUCUGACGAGAUCCAAUGGGCCCAUUGGAUGUACCCCCAUAACUUCAGUCUGGGAUAUAACCAGACCAGCGAUGAGAUUGAGUUCAGUUUCAGCACCACCCAGACACCGGCCAUACUGCUGUAUAUCAGCUCUUUCGUUAGGGACUACGUCGCCGUCAUCCUCAAAAACGACGGCACCGUGGACUUGAGGUACAGGCUGGGCUUGAUCCCUCAUACAUAUCAGGUGUCUUCCAGGAACCUAGCAGAUGGGUUCCCCCAUUUCAUCAACAUCACAAGGCACAACCAUACCAUACGAAUACAGGUUGACUACACAGAGCCCACUCGAGAGAGUAUGACUCUACUGGAGGAUAUAAGAUUCAACUCUCCUAGGUCCAUGUUCCUGGGGAGGGUGAUGGAGGUGGGGGAUAUUGACUAUGAGAUCCAGAGGCACAAUGCCCCAGGACUGAUAGGCUGCAUAUCAGGGGUGCGGUACAACAUCUACGCCCCACUUAAAACCUACUUUCGGCCCAAUGUGACAGAGCCACCCGUCACAGUGUUUGGUGAUGUGACAGAGUCCAACUGUGGGGCUUUCCCCCCCUAUCAGGGGCUAGUGCCCUUUGAGGCAGAUCCCUGGUACACUGGUCCAGUGUUCUACUACAUCCAUGAUGACCUUCCUACUGCACCAUGGCUGGCACUCAUCAUUCUCCUCAUUUUGGGUUUGAUAUUCCUGGUCGGGUAUGUCCUUUAUGUGAACUUUUACCGCUACAAAGGUAGCUACACCACCAACGAGCCCAAAAGUUUGGAGUCACCAAGCAGUGCUAAACCCUUAACUGAGUCUGAGCCGGAGCCUGAGCCCCGACCAAGAAGGACCAAGAAGAACCUUCCAGAAAUCCAGGAGGAGUUUACGAGUGAAUAACGCAACUUGUUUUGGUAGUGAGGGUUCAACAACCACGUUAUUCAUCUAAUAUGUCUAGUUUGUCUGUUUGGUUUGGUUCCUUUUUUAUUUCUUCGAUUGGAUCAGCCACAAAGAUAGUGGAGAUAGACACAGUUGGCCUGACAUGGUGUAUUUGUGAGGUACAGCUCAGUAAGGCUAAUUCAAUCCCAUGCCUUUACAGUAUAUAAUGAUGCAGGGUUGACGAAAUAAAAGUGCCUGAAGGGAUAGGAGCAACUGUUCAUGCCUUCCAGUUCUCUCAAACACCAAUAGCUUCUCAUAGGUCCUAACCCUUGAACGUUACUAAAGAGUCUCAAAUCUCAAGAAAAAAGUAUUGCAGAUGUGCAGAGUAAUAACUAAGUGAUACAGUGACCCCUGUCAAAACCACUUAAUGGUAACAUUUUCCUGAGAUCGUCAAAUGUCAAGUAUUUUGAAUCAUUAACCAUGUUUUAGAAUAGGUAUUACUAUUUUAGUUACUACUUACUAACCUUCUGGUGCUCUUUCAUGUGACCUAGCCUCCUCUUAUUAGAAGGGUGCCUUUGCACUGUUAGAAUGGAAAUUCAUGGAUAACUGACUCACAGAGACAUACAGCCAUAUGCAGUGGAAUUAAAAACUUUCAGGAAAAUUCUUUGGACAGCUACAUUUCUUCAUUUUCCCAAGCAUUCUAGAAUGGGAACCAAAGAUGAAAAAGGUAAAAUACAAUAGAUGGAACAACUAAAACAACUGAACUAAAAAAUAAUGUUUUACUAAUUUCAAAUUUUCAUGGCAGAACUGUAACAAAAUGCAACUGUAAAGAAAAGCUUGGACGUAUUACCCGAUUGCAAUUAAGCAAUUUGUGAAUAUUGCUAUGAGGAAUCCCACUUCUAUUAGUGACACAACUUUAAUCAGCAUCAAAGUGGCCAAAUAAAUCCUUUUUAUGGAAAUGAGCCUGCUCUUCUAAGGUUCUACAUAGUCCAGUUUGCUAUUGUAUGGACACUUUUACUUUAAACACUAUACUAAGCAUUCAUGGUGCCAUAUAUCCCACAGAGCAUUGUUUUAGAUAACAUGAAAUUGGAAGCCACUCAUCAAAUUUAAGAUCAAUUUCCACCAUUUGUAGAAUUUGAGUAAGUCUGAUGAUUGUUCACACUUCCUGCCCUAGUGCAAUUGCAAUGACUAUCCUGUGAGGUAAUUGGUACUUUUUUGAAGGAUGCAUUUCAAGAAGGCUUGUCUGCAUGAGCUUGCAAUGUUGAGGUCCCAGCUAGGUGGUCAAUAUGGCACAAUGUAACUGGUUGGGAAUUGGUUAAUUUGAUUUCAUAAGCAUUAUUGUGGCCAUUGUUCCCUGUGUUUCUGGAUUUAUUGAUAUGCCACCGAUAUCUCGGUGCUAUUACACAGUGGCCCAGAUGACAGCCACACAUGCUUUUUCAGGGCCUUAGGACACAAAACUGCCAUUACGCAGAGAGCUGCAGUACACUGCACCAUGUGAAGUUUGUUGUGUUUUUGUGGUAGUUGUGUGUUCAUCGUAAGACAUUUUUGUUUGGAGGACUACAGUGAUGUAAAUGUUGGCGCUUUAUUUCCUGCUUUGCUUGUCUAAUGCAUUUACUGUAGGAUGCUGCUACUGCUGCUGCUUUUUAGAGGCUUGACAGGAAGGAUCAUAACCAAAGCAUAGGUUAAAGCAUAGCCACACUGCACUCAUUUUAAAGAACGUAUUCCUUUAAGAAAAGAAUGUACAAAAUGUGUGAUCUUAAGCUGUGCAUAACAGCAUGUCAAAUGCACCUUGCAAGAAAAAUGCAACAAAAUAGCAGCUUAAAGCAGAAAAUCGCACAUGUCUUUGUAUUAAUUUUGUCUGCAGAAAGUAUAUAUAUAAAUACAUAAAUACAGUGGGCUCCAGAAAUAUUGGCACCAUUAAUACAAAUUUAGAAAAAAGGAUGCAUAUAAUAAACAACGUGGACAAUAAUCUAUGUAUAGUUUAUGUUCAAACAUAAAAACUAUAUACUUUUAUUUCAAUACAUUUAUUGAAUGUUUCAUGUUCCAAUGUUUUUUUAUUUAGUAAUCUAAUUUUUUAUGAAAACAACUAGUACCAACAUAAUUGGCACCCCUAACAAUUAUUGUAAAUACAAUUUAGUUAAUUUAGUUAAUCACAGUCUAAAGGACUGUAAAUUUCCUGUUUCAUUACAGUAUAAAAAAUGAGGUAACAAGCAUGCAAAAUCCACAUCAGCAUGGGAAAAGUCAAAGAACUGUCAAUUCAGAAGACCCAGAUGGUAACUGACCAUUAUAGGUCGGGUAAUGGGUAUAAAAUAAUAAACGGUUACACAUACCACUUAGCACUCUAAAGGCAAUCAUAAAAAGGCGUAAAACAUAUGGAAUGGUUGCAAACUUGCCAGGAAGAGGAUGCGUAUUAACGCCAGAAAAGUUCAUAGAAUCCCCACAGACAGUAGGGAGACCAUAAGUAACCCAAGGAUCGCAGAAUGGUUGUCUUGGGGUCACCAAGUCUAAAAAAAAAAAACAUUAAAUGGCACCACCAUACCAGCAAACUCUUUGGAAGGGUGGCACAAAGACAGCCCUUACUAAGCACAAUAAACAAAGCCAAGCAUCUUGAAUUUGCCUAACCUCAUUGGAAUUAUAACUGGAAGAGAGUGAGGGUGCUAUGAUGAGAUGAGACCAAAAUUGAAUGUUUUGGCCAUACACACUAUCGACAUGUUAGUUGCAAAAUGUAAUGCAUACAGGGAGAAAUCCCUCAUAAAAUGGUGGUGGGUCAUUGAUGUUUUGGAGAUGUUUUGCUGCCAGUUGUCCAGUGGCACUAUUUAAGAUCAAUAGCACAAUGAAUUCAGCAAAGUGCUAGGAAAUCUUGGCAGAAAAUCUGGUUGCCUCUGCAAUGAAGCUAAGUCGUAGGUAGAUUGGACAAUGACUCCAAGUGUACAUCAAAGUCCACACAGAAAAGUAAAAACAACAACCAUGUUCUGUAAUGGCCACCUGAGUCUCCAGACUUAAAUCUCAUGAAAAACCUGAACUGAACUGAAGAGGGGGGUAUACCAAGAAUAUCAAUGAUUCUGAAAAGAAUCCCUCCAAAUAUUUUUUUUUUGUUGAAAAAUGUAAGACUGGUUGAUUACAUUGAAUCAUUAAUAAAGUGCACUACUUUACACAUGUUGGAAAAUAAAGGUUAUGUCAAUAACUAGAAUUAUUUUAUAUUAGUGUGCCAAUAAUUCUGGAGCCCAUUGUACAUAUAAAUAAAUAGUAUAUUUACUUUUUUUUAUCUUACUGGUUUAUAUAAAAUAGAAAAAAUAUGAACUAUGUCUAAGAGCUCUGAAUGUGAAUUCAUGUUAUGUUUUCAUGAUGUGGGCAGCGGUUAAACUAAGUGCAUUAAGCUGUUUUGUGUUCUUCCUCAAAACUGGAAGAAAACAACACUCCUGUCAUUAACUGCGCUUCUUGCUGUGUUUGAAUAUGUAGAAAUUAGAAUGCCUCCUUACCGCUCCUUAAGUUCAAAGGAUCAGUUCAAAGGAGUAAACAAAAACACUCAUACAUACAAUUAAUAUGAUGGAUGGCCACCUGUCACUUGCUGGUGCAAGAACCCUGAAAAAUGUUUUGCACUCUGACAAUCCCAGUAGCUAUAUUCUGAAAUGUUGUGUAAUGUGCAUUGCCAGAUGUAGAAUAGCUUAUUUGAUAUUUGAAGACCCUGUGCAGUCUCCCUUUUCUUACAUAUAAAUUGUUCCUUUAGUUACUAAAUUACAAUAUAUAUGUAUUUUUCUACUUAUAAGACUUUGAAAAGAUAAAAACCUGCUUUGAUGUAAAACCUGAAUUUCGUAAUAUAGCAGACUCAAGACGGACGUGUCAGUUCUGUCAUAAUUAUUUAUACAAUCGCUUUUGAUUGACAGCCCAGGCCACUCUCUCCCACCUACCUGGAUCAGCGUUCACCCUACAUAACACCAGUUGUUAGCUAACGUUAGCUAGAUAUUAUACAACUGUAAUAAUGGAUGAUGAAUACAGCAAUAACAGCAUUAUAAAUAUUGAGCUAUAUAUAAUAUUGAGCAAUAUGCAGGACAAUGUAUUUUGUUUGCAGAAGUAACGUUAAAACAGUCUGGAGAAUGAAGAAAUGUUACAUUCGCCAGCUAAGGUUAGCUGUAUUUACACAAAAUAAGUACAGCUCAUUGCUACAUUACCAAAAUUACCAGAUAGCAAGUAAAUUGGGGAGAUGAGGUAACGUUAGAGUUGCAAUAUAUAUUUGAGAAUUUGGUCAUGGCUUUGGACUUGAGAGCGUACACUACAUAUAUAUUCAUACUGGGUGGGUGUUUUGGCCACCACACAUUUGGAUGUCAUGACUUUGGUCACAAAACUACCAAUACGAAAUACACCACCAGGCGGUUUUCAGGAAAAUAAAUCUCAUUCAUUACAUACAUGUACCAAAUAAUUUUAAAAUCAAUGUGUAAGCACCCUUAGUCUUUGGACAUAAUAUAAGCAUAUUAAAAUCAUGACUUUGACUGCACAGUGUCUUUAAAUUGCUUAUAAUGUUUAUAUUACAAGCAUAGUAUUAUACACUCACCAAGCACUUUAUUAGGAUUACUUUAUUACACCUACUUAUUCAUGCGAUUAUCUAAUUAGCCAAUUGUGUGGCAGCAGUGCAAUGCAUACAUUGAUGUAGAUACGGGUCAGGAGCUUCAGUUAAUGUUCACAUCAACCAUCAGAGUGGGGAAAAGCUUUUGACUUCUGACUUUUGACUUUGAUCAUGGAAUGAUUGUUGGUGGCAGACAAGGUGGUUUGAGUAUCUCAGAAACUGCUCAUCUCCAGGGAUUUUCACACCCACUAGUCUCUAGUUUGAUAAUAGCAGCAGUUCUGCAGAUAGAAACACCUUUUUAAUGAGAGACGUCAGAGGAGAAAGGCCAGACUGGUCAAAGCUGACAGUAACGCAAAUAACCACACAUUACAGCAGUGGUAUGCAGAAGAGCAUCUCUGAACACACAACGCAUCAUAACACUAAGUGGAUAGGCUACAGAAGUUGAAGUCGAAAAAAGUAAUAAAUACCUAAUAUAAGGUGCUCACUGAGUGUAUAAGGAUAUAAAACCAGUGUAAGAAUAUUUUUUUCCCAUACCAAAUGUAAAAAUACACAAAAAAUAUUGGAUCUCCGGGGCAGGAAAGAUAGGACAAGAUCAGAAGAUGCCUGUCAGAAACGAAAUAUUUGUAAAUUAUAUAUUUAUAAAUAUGUCAGACAGAGGCCUUUCAGUUUAGUCUCUUAAUCACUUGUUCUAUUGUAUAAGUAUUACACAAGUUUGUGAGAGCUAGGCAUAUUUAACAGAAUGUUAAGAGGCAAAACACAACUAUGUGAAUGACUCGUGACUUUUCACCUGGCUGCAAAUUCAAAUUUCCUGUGAUACUGCAUGUCUUUCUGUAUGAAUCAGAGCUCCCUUCCUGUUACAAAUGCGAUACGACUCAUCACUCUUCUAGUAAACAUUGCAGCAAUGUAUGUGUGGUCCAUAUGUUUGUGUAUGUGAGUGAGUCUGUGUCAGAAAGUCCCUCAUCCAUAACCUCGGCCUGAAAUCCUACUUACAAUGAGUACAUACAGCAGCUACUAAAUGUCUGCAGCACUUUCUCACCAUUUGUGAAGAUGGGGUGGUCCAGCUUGUGUUGAUCUGCAGCUCGACUCAGCUUGAUAUUCACAGAGCGCAGUUACUCAGACCUUACAAGAGACUUGACUGUCUCUAACUUUUGAAAUGACUGAAGUGAAUCCAGUCAAAAUAGUACAGUUGAAAUGUUAACUCAGGAAGGAAAUCCUUUCACUCUACUGUUUGUGGCCAAAACCAUCAUUCCAUUACUAAUGAAAUGCUACCCUAAUAAAAAUGACAACACUAUAAAAAGUUAAACUACAGGACUGACUGUUAUUCUCACAAUGCUGAAAUAUUAAAACAUUCUCUUGAUUUUAUGAGAACACAAAUUGUGAUGGCUGACAGUACAUCGCUGUGAAAGUCAUGUUGGGCCACCCCAAAGAAUGGAAUUGAUCGGUGUCGCUGCACUGAGAUUUGCAGCUUUUCCUUUCUACUUGGUUUAGCUUUCACAUAUGCACUGUAUAUUCUAGAGUAAAACUAAGUAAGACAUGAGUGACUGAGAACGAACCUGACACCUGAAUAAAGAAGCUUAAAGAAAAA